AUGCCAGCAUCUCCCACGGCCGCGCGCACCGCCACCGACACCGCAAACGGCGCGAGUCCGCCACCGUCGCCUUCCCCCGAGUCUCCGCUCGCCGCCUCCCGCGAGGAACUCAACGCCACCCUCACCUACAUUCGCGUCACGCCCAACGGCCGCAUUGCAGCCGCUGUCGGCUCCGGUGACUCGAGGGUGGAGACCGACCCAGGGUGGGAGGUGCACAAGGAGCAAGCCCGCCAGGCCCGCGAGGGGCAGGAGACCUCCUCCACCCCGACGCGCUCGCCAGGAGAGGCCACCGACCCACCCGCACAACUCGAGGCCGAGCCGGCGGCGGUCGCCGAGGGCGGACCCGGAGCCGGGACCGAGACGGGAGGGGAGGAGGCACGCCCCCCGAGCGGGGCGGCGGUCGAGGCCGGCGGAGCCGACGGGACCGAGCCGGAGGGGCAGGCGGCGGUCGAUGGGGUUGGAGCCGAGGCGGCGUGGACGCCAUCCGGCUAA